AUGAGCCUCUCCAUGAGAGAUCCGGUCAUUCCUGGGACAAGCAUGGCUUACCAUCCGUUCCUACCUCACCGGGCGCCGGACUUCGCCAUGAGCGCGGUACUGGGUCACCAGCCGCCCUUCUUCCCCGCGCUGACUCUGCCUCCCAACGGCGCCGCGGCGCUUUCGCUGCCGGGCGCCCUGGCCAAGCCGAUCAUGGAUCAAUUGGUGGGGGCAGCCGAGACCGGCAUCCCUUUCUCGUCCCUGGGGCCACAGGCGCAUCUGAGGCCUCUGAAGACCAUGGAACCCGAAGAGGAGGUGGAGGACGACCCCAAGGUGCACUUGGAAGCUAAAGAACUUUGGGAUCAGUUCCACAAGCGGGGCACCGAGAUGGUGAUUACCAAGUCGGGAAGGCGAAUGUUUCCUCCAUUUAAAGUACGAUGCUCUGGGCUGGAUAAAAAAGCCAAAUAUAUUUUAUUGAUGGACAUUAUAGCUGCUGAUGACUGUCGAUAUAAAUUUCACAAUUCUCGGUGGAUGGUGGCAGGCAAGGCUGACCCUGAAAUGCCAAAGAGAAUGUACAUUCACCCGGACAGCCCCGCCACUGGGGAACAGUGGAUGUCCAAAGUCGUCACUUUCCACAAACUGAAACUCACCAACAACAUUUCCGACAAACAUGGAUUUACUUUGGCCUUCCCAAGUGAUCACGCAACGUGGCAGGGGAAUUAUAGUUUUGGUACUCAGACUAUAUUGAACUCUAUGCACAAAUACCAGCCCCGGUUCCACAUUGUAAGAGCCAAUGACAUCUUGAAGCUUCCUUACAGUACAUUUCGGACAUACUUGUUCCCUGAAACCGAAUUCAUCGCUGUGACUGCCUAUCAGAAUGAUAAGAUAACUCAGUUAAAAAUAGACAACAAUCCUUUUGCAAAAGGUUUCCGGGACACUGGAAAUGGCAGGAGAGAAAAAAGAAAACAGCUGACCCUUCAGUCCAUGAGGGUGUUUGAUGAAAGGCACAAGAAGGAGAAUGGAACCUCGGAUGAGUCCUCCAGUGAGCAGGCCGCCUUCAACUGCUUCGCUCAGUCCUCAUCCCCUGCAGUCUCUACAGUGGGGACAUCGAAUCUCAAAGAUCUGUGUCCCAGCGAGGGCGAGAGCGACGCCGAGGCUGAAAGCAAAGAGGAGCACGGCCCGGAGGCCUGCGACGCGGCCAAGAUCUCCACCACCACGUCAGAAGAGCCGUGCCGCGACAAGAGCAGCCCGGCAGCCAAGGCGCACCUCUUCGCAGCUGAGCCCGGUGGCCGGCCCCGGGACAGCGGGCGGCUGGACAAGGCGUCGCCCGAUUCGCGGCACAGCCCGGCCACCAUCUCGUCCAGCACCCGUGGCCUGGGCGCGGAGGAGCGCCGGAGCCCGGGGCGCGAGGGCGCGGUGACAGCCAAGGCCGAGGAGGUGCGCGCGCUGCCGGGCAAGGAGGCCUUCGCGCCACUCACAGUGCAGACGGAUGCGGCCGCCGCGCACCUGGGCCAGGGCCCUCUGCCGGGGCUCGGCUUCGCCCCGAGCCUGGCCGGCCAGCAGUUCUUCAACGGGCAUCCGCUCUUCCUACACCCCAGCCAGUUCGCCAUGGGGGGCGCCUUCUCCAGCAUGGCUGCCGGCAUGGGGCCCCUUCUGGCCACCGUGUCCGGGGCCUCCACCGGCGUCUCGGGCCUGGAUUCCACGGCCAUGGCCUCUGCCGCCGCUGCGCAGGGACUGUCGGGGGCGUCCGCGGCUACCCUGCCCUUCCACCUCCAGCAGCACGUCCUGGCUUCUCAGGGCCUGGCCAUGUCGCCUUUCGGAAGCCUGUUCCCCUACCCCUACACGUACAUGGCAGCGGCGGCUGCCGCCUCCUCCGCGGCGGCUUCCAGCUCCGUGCACCGCCACCCCUUCCUCAACCUGAACACCAUGCGCCCGCGGCUGCGCUAUAGCCCCUACUCCAUCCCCGUGCCGGUUCCAGACAGCAGCAGCCUGCUCACCACCGCCCUGCCGUCCAUGGCGGCGGCCGCGGGGCCCCUGGACGGCAAAGCCGCCACCCUGGCCGCCAGCCCGGCCUCGGUGGCCGUGGACUCGGGCUCGGAACUCAACAGCCGCUCCUCCACGCUCUCCUCCAGCUCCAUGUCCUUGUCGCCCAAACUCUGCGGGGAGAAGGAGGCGGCCACCAGCGAGCUACAGAGUAUCCAGCGAUUGGUCAGCGGCCUGGAAGCCAAGCCGGACAGGUCCCGCAGCGAGUCCCCGUAA